AUUGACACUUAUUUUGACAGCUAAAGACAGAUCAUCAAAAUCAAACCACGGGAUUUGGGAUGUGAUUUAUUUAUUUUUUGGAAUUUCCGUGAAUAUCAGCAAGUUACCAUUUAAUUUCACCGUUGUCAGAGCGAUGGCUGAGACGAGCGAGGCUCAGGCGAGCGCAUCAGCGUCAGCCCCGGGAGGCGACGCGGGCGGUGACGAGGACAAACAUGAUGAGCGAAUGUUGGAAUGUAACAUUUGCCUUGACACAGCCCGCGAUGCCGUGGUCAGCAUGUGCGGCCAUCUCUUUUGCUGGCCGUGCCUGCACCAGUGGCUGGAGACGCGUCCCAGUAGACAAGUGUGCCCCGUGUGCAAGGCGGCCAUCAGCCGGGACAAGGUCAUCCCGCUGUACGGCCGGGGAAACACUAAGCAAGAGGACCCGAGGAAUAAGGUGCCGCCCCGGCCCGCUGGCCAACGCACGGAGCCGGAGAACAACAUCGGGUUCCCAGGGUUCGGCUUCGGAGAAGGGUUCCACAUGUCCUUCGGUAUUGGAGCAUUCCCCUUUGGAGUGUUCACGUCGACAUUCAAUUUUGGAGACCCGAGGCCUAGUGCAGCACCACGCGGCACCGCGCAGUUCGAAGAGGAGCAGUUCCUAUCAAAAAUAUUCCUUUGGGUGGCGAUACUGUUCGUGUUGUGGCUGAUAUUCGCAUGACCGGAUGAGGUGCCCGCGCCACUGGGUCCGGCUGUCCGGGUUAAGAUCGCGUAGACUCAACGCUGGCGACACGGCGAUGGAAUGUCAAAGGAAAAUGGCCGUAACUGGUAUCUCUAAUGUGUUUCAAGUUUUAUCCCUUACUUAUAUUUAUAAAUUCGAAAGUCUGUCUGUCUGUUCUGCUGUCACAGCUUAACCGCUUGACCGAUUUGAAUGAAAUUUAGCACAGAUAUAGAAUAGACCUUUGGCAGUAACAUAGGCAGCAAAUUUGUCAGAUAAAUUUAUAUUAAUAUUAUGAAGAGGUUUUUUUUAUCUUUGAUCAUGGAAAUUCUUUCACCAUUGAAAGGCAUAUUAUUAUCUGCGGGUGUCAAAGUCUGUGUACCACAUAUUGCACCACAGGCAACUGAGAAAUUUCUUUGUAUCCGAUAGAAAUAUGUACUUUUAUUUCCUGACAAGUUUAAUGAGUUAGAAUUAUUUAUAUGGUUAAAAAGUUCUUUCAAUAUAUCUGAAAAGAUUCUAACAAUAGUUGUGACACUCUUAGACUUAGCUGUGAUACUAAAGUUCAUUGUCUCAAGGUCAAUCUCCUUCGCUCGCAACUAGUGUGGCUUGCUUCAUACAUAUCCUUGAAGUAAUAACCGUGGUCCGUGUCGCUCAAUGCGUUCGUACUUUAAACCCGCCCUCGGACUAGUUGCACAACUUGUGGCUAAACGCGUCGCUUGUCGACUAAACUCGUCGCACCUUUUAGAUGUAUGGGCUAUAGAAAAAAUAAUAUAUGUAUAAAUUUAUAGUUAUGUGAAAGGGCUGCUGAUAACGGAGCAGGGCUGGAUUAGCACGUUGUAAAUUGUAAGUUUAUAGAACAAGAGUUAUGGAAUUAAUUGUCAUUGGAGAAAGAAAUGAUUGAAUUGAAUUUUCACUUACAAUUGACUUAUUGGCUGGGUCCUAAGGCAUUUUUUUUUCUAAACUGUCUAUUGCUUAAUCCGGCUCUGUUAUGGCGUAGUUCUUUUACAAAGUUAAGGGGACUUGUAAUCUUUCAUUUUGUGUUUUGUAAAUAGAGAUGGGCAAAUGAACAAUUGGAUAAUAUGUAACCAAACAGAGUUUGCCUAAAGUUUUGCCAAAAUUAUCCGGUUUUGUCUUCUUUUCAUCAUCUAUUUACUUACGUUACCAUAGGUGCAUUAAGAAUGGAAGACAUUUAGAUGGAGAAUGUGCAUGCAUUACAAAUGCCUGAUAAUUCCUACUGAAACGAUAUGGCAAAAAAGAACAAUAUGACGUAAGAUAAUUUAAACAAAAUAUCAUUUGGAUACGAUUGAACUUGGACCC